AUGACAUUGGAGUUUCUGACCCAAGGCCAAAAGAUCAACACAACUCUUUCACUUCAACAAAGUGAGGUUGCUAAUCGUCAAGCGACCGAAGCCACUAGACAAGAAAAAACUGUUAUGACUUUUACUUUUGCAACUGUUCUGUUCCUUCCACUAUCGUUCCUGUCUUCCUUGUUUGCUUUGGACGUUGCCUCGUUUCAACAAGCUCCAGCUUGGGCUUCCUACAUUAUCUUCCUUGUGUCUAUUGGUAUAUCUACAAUCUUGGGCCUCGGCGUCUUUUACUGGGAGAAUGUCAAGCAAGUCAGGGAAAACAUCCUUCAUAUUACAAUGACUGCAUGCAAACACGCUUUCAAACUCACAUUAGACUUAUCGAUUGUUUCAAAUGACAUCACAGAUGAUAAGAAAAUGGCAAAUAAACUUAGUAUUCUCUUGAAGACCGAAGGUCAGGAGCAGGGGAUCAUGAGUCGCUUCAAAGGCCAUGGACGGAGAAUAAAGAUCGAUGAGGUCGAGAAUACAAUUACAAGAAGGGAUAAGACAUUAUAA